ACAAGGUGGCCCCUUGUAGCCUGGCAAGAAAGCUGUGAAUUCCUGGCAGGGCGAGGAAGAGGGUGGCACCUCUGACCAGUGUCCUGGUGUCCAGAGAGCCGGCCGGCCUGGUGGUCUGGACUCACCAGUUAGCCAGGUGGGGUUCGCUUUAGUUACCUCCCACGGCCCCUCAUCGUGGCCUCCUCGGAGCCCUGGCUGCUCCUGCCCGAGUGCCCAGCCUCUCUCCUGUCCCCAGAGCCUGCCCCCUGCUGGCGGGACCACGGCUGCAGGCGCCCACCUGACCGUCCGGGAAGAUGAGCACCUGCGGGAGGAAGGCACUGACCCUGCUGAGCAGCGUCUUUGCCGUGUGCGGCCUGGGCCUCCUGGGCAUCGCUGUCAGCACCGACUACUGGCUGUACCUGGAGGAGGGCGUGGUCCUGCCCCAGAACCAGAGCACGGAGAUCAGGAUGUCCCUGCACUCGGGCCUGUGGCGAGUCUGCUUCCUCGCAGGUGAGGAGCGCGGACGCUGCUUCACCAUAGAGUACGUGAUGCCCAUGAACAGCCAGCUGACGUCCGAGUCCACGGUCAACGUUCUGAAAAUGAUUCGCUCGGCCACACCGUUCCCUCUGGUCAGUCUCUUCUUCAUGUUCAUUGGGUUUAUCCUGAGCAACAUCGGGCACAUCCGUCCCCACAGGACCAUCCUGGCCUUUGUCUCCGGCAUCUUCUUCAUCCUCUCGGGCCUCUCUCUGGUGGUGGGCCUGGUGCUCUACAUCUCCAGCAUCAACGACGAGAUGCUCAACAGGACCAAGGAUGCGGACACCUACUUCAGCUACAAGUACGGCUGGUCCUUCGCCUUCGCUGCCAUCUCCUUCCUCUUAACGGAGAGCGCGGGCGUGAUGUCCGUGUACCUGUUCAUGAAGAGGUACACUGCCGAGGACAUGUACAGGCCUCACCCCGGCUUCUACCGCCCGCGUCUGAGCAACUGCUCCGACUACUCGGGCCAGUUCCUGCACCCAGACGCCUGGGUCCGGGGCCGCAGCCCCUCCGACAUCUCCAGCGACGCCUCGCUGCAGAUGAACAGCAACUACCCAGCCUUGCUCAAGUGCCCCGACUACGACCAGAUGUCGUCCUCGCCCUGCUGAGCCCACUGCCUACCCCCCUCCCCUGAACCCCCGCCCCCUGCACCCC